UGCAUACACACUGUUUCAAGCAGCACUUGACUUUGGAUGGGCAUUGGUCCAACAACAUACUGCAGUAGCACAUAUUGAUCUGCUAAAACGUGUGGAUAUUCUCGAUAGCUCAUCAUCCGGGGUAUCAAACGCAAACAAGUAUGGAGACAUGCUAGAAAAAGUGGUUGGUAUGUUUGUGAAAUACUUGGAGUCAAAGAAAAUGUUACAAAAAGCAAAUACGGUGCGCAAAUUGAAGGGUAAGCGACUACCCAUGUCUUGGAGAGAUCCCAAAGAUGUGUAUGACUAUGAGGUCUUGGCAAUGCGACAUAUGGAGACUUAUCAUGGGGAAGGGUUGUUGGGUUGGAGUAUAGGAUUGAACAGACAGGAUAACAAAGAACUUGGUGCAUUAAGAAGAAAGUAUGUUGCAGCCAUUUUACUACACGAAAGCAAUGACCUUAUGCAAGAAAUCAUGAUGAAUGCCAAACAAUUUGCAAAGAUAACUAAAGCAGAAAGGUUGAAUGCAGCAUAGAGGGGAUUUGUUAUCUCAAACAUUUGGUUUUUGUUAAGUUUGAGCUGAAAAAUUUAUUGUGUCGUUUGUUUUUGUGUGGGUGGACAUGUGUUGAAGUUCUUACAUGAGAUUAGUACGGAAACAUAUGUUAGGAUGCAUCGUAUCAAUAUUGACUGUUUUGUGUGGG